GUUUGCCUCUUCCGGGUUCGCGGAAGUGGACACUGGACACGCAGGCGGCACGGGCACGGGCACGGGCACGGGCACGGUCGCCGCCGCCUCGAUCGCGAUUGCCAGCCACAGAAGAAUAUAGGGUUCCACUCCACCGCCAAGGCAAAGCCCCGCCCCGCCCCGCCCCGCCCCUUUCUAGUCUAGGGAUAGGGAUUACCCACACCCAGGAUCAUCCUCUUCCUCCGCGAGAAGGCGCCGAUCCAGGUAGACGUAGGCUCGCCACCAUGCUGGAGGAGCUGCUCAUCUUCACCCGGGGCGGCCUCAUCCUCUGGUCGUCCUGCCGGGCUCUCGGCGCCGCUGCCCUCAAGGGCUCCCCCAUCGACGCCCUCAUCCGCUCCUGCCUCCUCGAGGAGCGCUCUGCCGACGCCAGCUUCUCCCAGGACAACUACGCCCUCAAGUGGACCUUCCACAACGACCUUGGCCUUGUCUUCGUCGCCGUCUACCAGAAGAUACUCCACCUACUCUACGUCGACGACCUCCUCGCCGCUGUCCGCAGGGAGUUCUCCCAGAUUUACGACCCCAAACGCACCUCCUACGAUGACUUUGGGGACAUCUUUCGCCAGCUCCAUCGUGAGGCUGAGGCGCGCGCCGAGGAGAUGAAGAAGUCCAAGCAGGCCCUCUCGUCCCGUCCACAGCCUGCCCUCUCCCAGAAGAAGGUUGGUCCCAAGGGCCGCCGUGGCGAUUCCCACGGUGCUGCUGCCAACAAGGGUGGCUCUGGUGCCAAGGAUGACUCUGAUGGCGACGACUCUGGAAACAAGGACCAGAACACUCUGGUGAAUGGUGCCUUCAAGGGCCAAGAGAAUGGUGUCCGUAAGGAGAAUUCUCUCGCCCGCCCUGUUGUUGUUAAGGGAAAGGAGAAUGGAGGUCCCAAGGAUAAUGGGGCCUUCGAUGUAAGUAAACUACAGAAGCUACGGACCAACAAAAAGAAUGUUGCCGCUGACAAUGGAACCAAGAAGCUGACUAAACCUGACACAAAGAAGAAAGGGAAGCAAGACAGGGUGUGGGACGACAAACCUUCCAACAAGAAGCUGGAUUUUACAGACCCAGCUGAUGAGAGAGGGGACGAGGUGACAGACAAUGUGGCGGUCAUUGAGGGAGAAAGCAUGAUGGAUAAGGAUGAGGAUCUGAGCAGCGACAGUGAGGACGAAGAGGUGGAAGAUGGACCCAAAAAGAAAGGAUGGUUCUCAUCAAUGUUUCAGAGUAUUGCUGGUAACAAUGUAUUGGAGAAGUCUGAUCUGCAGCCUGCGCUCAAAGCUCUCAAAGAUAGGCUGAUGGCAAAGAAUGUGGCAGAGGAAAUUGCAGAGAAGCUUUGUGAAUCUGUUGCAGCUAGCCUUGAGGGCAAAAAGCUAGGGUCUUUCACCAGAAUAUCAUCUACAGUCCAGACAGCUAUGGAGGAUGCUCUUCUUCGGAUUUUGACCCCAAGGCGCUCUAUUGACAUACUGAGGGAUGUGCACGCUGCUAAGGAGCGUGGGAGGCCAUAUGUCAUUGUUUUCGUUGGGGUGAAUGGAGUUGGCAAAUCCACCAAUCUUGCAAAGGUUGCUUAUUGGCUUCUUCAGCAUAACCUCAGUGUAACACUUGCAGCAUGUGACACCUUCAGAUCUGGUGCUGUUGAGCAGCUGAGAACUCAUGCUAGGAGGCUUCAGAUACCUAUAUUUGAGAAGGGUUAUGAGAAAGAUCCAGCAGUUGUAGCGAGGGAGGCUAUUCAGGAAGCAACCCGGAACAAAUCAGAUGUUGUUUUGGUUGACACUGCUGGACGUAUGCAGGACAAUGAACCACUCAUGAGGGCACUCUCCAAGCUAAUCAAUCUCAAUAGCCCAGAUCUAGUUUUAUUUGUUGGAGAAGCAUUGGUUGGAAAUGAUGCUGUGGAUCAGCUCACUAAAUUUAACCAGAAAUUAGCAGACCUAUCUGCUGUUCCUACAGCUAGAUUGAUUGAUGGUAUCCUGCUCACUAAGUUUGACACCAUCGAUGACAAGGUUGGAGCAGCACUUUCCAUGGUCUACAUAUCUGGAGCUCCAGUCAUGUUCGUCGGCUGUGGUCAGUCCUACACGGACCUGAAGAAGCUGAACGUGAAAUCCAUCGUGAAGACCCUCCUGAAGUGAAGUGAGUGAAGUGUGUUGAACUAUACUCUGCUCAAGUCUGUUAUCUUUGUAUCCCCAGUGACCUUGUCAUCUUCAUGUUGGACGUUGUGGUUGUAACUGUCGGAGUCGCAAACAAACCCAGUGCCAUGGGUAACUGUGGUCAUGUGUGCUCGUGUCAAUGUGUCUCCUUUCGACCGUCUUGCUGAAAUAAUACAUCAUCUUCAUUUGAAUGAAUGGGUAAAAAUGAUGAAUAUGCUGAGUC